GAUAUAUCAUGCCGGGCUGCCCACGGCUCGGCUUCGAUUCGAACCAUCAUCAAAGCACGACACGCCCAUUCCGCAGCCGCAGUUCGCCGUCAAUUGGUGUCUGUAUAAACAGCCUUCUCCACCCAUUUGUCCCGACCGCCUGUUCAUCUCGAGGCACCGCACCCCUGGACCAUCCGCCCUGCUGAUUGGAUCGCGCCAUAGCCCGACUAGUCAUAUUUACGCCUUGAGAUUUUUUUUUGUUGCCUUGAGUCACAGCUCAAGCCAGACCAAUAUUUGACUCCUUCAAGAUGCCUUCCAGACUUCGGUUUCAAGAAAGCUUCGAUUCGAUAUCCACAGGCAUUGUUCGCCCCAGCAUCACGCAACCGCCACCGCAGAAGAAGCAAAAGAUGUCGCUCACCCAGACGUACUACAUUGCCUCGUCGGCUCGUGCAAAGCUCGGCCGGGAGGCUUGCAGGCCGGAUCACAACCUGAGGCUUCUUGUUGGCCAUGCCAACCUUCUCGACUCUCUCAUGCUCGACCUCCAGGACGCCGAGCGAGAACAGGAGGCAUGGUUCAAUCAGACCGUGCAGAAGGCCCAGAAGGCGGACGAGCCAAAGCACGUCCAAUGGGCAGACACGAUCGUCGAAGAGGACGACUACGAGGACGACGAGGAAGCAGACGACAGCGACUCCGACUCGGAAUUUGACGAGGAGGACUUCCACAUGCUCAGCCAGAUCCGCUCGAUACGGCAAGCACCGGUCAACAUCUCGUCGGCAGAGCCGGACGACGACGAGGAGGAGGAGUACUACGACGAAGAGGAGGACGAGCCAGAGCUCGCGCUUGUUCGAACACAAUCCCACUCCGCCAACCCUCCAGAGCUCGUUGACGACUCCGAUUCAGAGGAUGACAGCCCUCCCGCCUCACCGCCGCAGCCAAAUUUCGACAUGGAUCUGUUCGACGAGAAGCAGGAAGCUUCGAUAUCGGAAGAUGCACUGAUCGAUGACACAUUCUACAUACGAGGGAGGGAUGCCCCGCUGAUAGCUGCUUAUUGAGCACGCUCGUUCGCCAUUGGUUCUCUUUGCUGUUUACAGCGUUAUUAGCGAUUUGGGACUUGUGCAAAGCAUGGUGUUUGCUGCGGGAAAGCGAUUUUUUUUUUCUUUUGAGUAUACCCAACUCAACUACGGACGGCAUGUACUAUAUCGAUCACAUUGGGAGGAUGAUGGGAAAACAAUAAGUUGCUAUCCCCGCCGCGCAGCCUUCGUCGCAGCUCUCCCUCAACAGCGUUGGCAGGUUUGAGACUCGGCAUGGCGGUUGCGAUGGAACCACAUUUGCUAGGAUAACUGAAUCAAAACAUUCGAUCAAGA